GAAGCGUGAAGUGUGCAUUUUGUGGUUUUUGACAUUCGGUAGCUCAUGAUUUUGUCUAUAAGUAACGCAAUAAAAAAAGUUGUAGUCCGACGUUUAACAGUAGGUUCAGGUGUGGGCUGUCUACACAAUAAUUCAAGUCGUAUUUCAGGUCUUAAUUCACAGUUGAAUUAACCUCAACCACAAUGAUUUCCGAACCGCUACUAUUUGCGUUUGCGUUGUUCGAUACGGGUGCUGUGCUAUUUCUACUAGUGUAUUUUGUGAUUACGCUGUCCGACCUGGAAUGCGAUUAUCUCAAUGCCCAGCAAUGUUGCUCCAAAUUGAACAUGUGGGUAGUUCCGAAAAUCGUUGGACACGUCUUCCUCGUAUUGCUACUCCUUUUGCACGGCCAAUGGAUUUUGAUGAUCAUUAAUUUACCGAUGGCUCUUUGGCUGAUGUACGAAUAUUUUACAAUACCAACCGGUAAUAUGGGUAUUUACGAUCCAACCGAAAUCCACAAUCAUGGGCAGCUCAGGAAACACCAGAGGGAUAUCAUGGUGUACCUCGGUUAUUACCUCAUAUUUUUCUUCAUUUAUCUUUACUGUAUGAUCAUCGCUCUGCUCAAGGGGGACCCGAUCAGGAGAAACGAAGACGACAUGAUUGAAUUCUAGACUGUACAUAACACAAAUUACAAUGAUAUCAAUAACCUGUUAUGUGAUAUGAUCUUCUACUGGUUUAUUUAUCUAUACAUAAUUUGUUUUUAAUGUAUAGCGCAGCCGUAUGUUAAUUUAUUUACGAUUACAUUAUAUCAUAUACUGGAUUUAAUCGAGAGACUGAUCCCCGCGCGCGGAGGAGAAAAAUAAAAAUUAGAUAGUCGGAAAUUCGUGUUAAGUGAAUGUUGAAAAAAAUAUAUUCCAUACGAUUAGCAGUCAGUAAGAGUUACUUUCCGAUGCGAUCGUUUACAUCAUAACAUUGGUAGAUAAAUCGAUAUAGUUUUAAUCAAACCCGUUUGAAUUGAGUUGGGAGUACAUGCCCUUGUGAAAUUAUCAGACUUCAAACGUUUUUCAUUCAUUCCUAUCGCGAUAAAUACGCAUUCUGAUAGCUAUCAACCCUUUGUUGAAAGUGCGGAAUCGCCUAUAAUCUAUACAUAUGUACGUAUAUUGCGCGCGGGUAAAACAAUUUUAUCUGAUCGUCAAACGGAGCAGCCAUCUCUUCGCUCCUGUAAGCCUAAUUUCAAUAUCGCGUGAUAUACACGUCCCUUGCACGCUGUUAUACCUAAUCUCUUUUAAUUCUUUAAUUUUUUAUUUUAUCGGCGCUAUCACAUGUAUUGUAAAUAGUUAACACGCUAUAAUUGUACACGUAUGUAUGUUUUAAUUGAUACAUAUUACUCAUAAUUACAUGCGCGGGCAAUAUAAUAGUUAAGGGUGUAUAAAUUGUGAAAAUUACAACAAACAUGCACCGCAUAAAUAUUAUUAAAUUCACCGCGUGUCACAAAUAUGUACAAUAAAUGCAACAGCUGGGUUAGGUGUCUAACUAACAAUAAGUAUAACAAGGGCGCGAGUCGAUAAGUGGUGAAUAAAUUAUGACGCAUAUAUACGUAUGUAUACUAGUCACAGUCCGAUCGAUUCUAUCGACUAUUACAAAUAACAUAAUGAUUGUCAAUUGAUAACCGCCCGAGCUCUUGUUCAAUAUAAAAGAAAAAAAAGUUGCACAUACGUA